AUGGCGUCGUCCGCAGUUUCCGUUACAUUAGUACCUGCCGAUUGCGGCUCCAUCAUCCCCGGGAAAUCCAAAGCACCACAAGCCUUCCUCGACGAGAACCUCAUCAGCAAACUCCGUGAUACAGGACUGACUGCCUCUGACCAUCAGGCCUUGGAUAAACCAGCACGAUAUUCCCCCCAACCCUGCCCAGCGGGCGGCGCCUGCAACGAGGAGCUAAACGUCCAGGUCUGCGAGCAAGUCGAAAGACAGAUCACCAAGAACCUGGAGACCAGCCCGUCCAAGCCUCCUUUCCAACUGAUCCUCGGUGGGGAAUGUAGCAUGGCCCCCGCCAUCCUCUCUGCGUUCUGGAAGCACGCCGGAACCCCGUCGCCACCCCAACGGAUUGGCCUGAUCUAUAUUGACGCUGACACUGAUAUGAACACUCCCCACGACCCCCAUUUCGUCGGGACCUUUGCUGGCAUGAACAUGACCCAUCUGCUCGGGAUGCCUGGGGGUCUGGAUAGCAUGAAGAAGUUUUCCCGGGACGGGGGAAGCCAGCCGGUCUGUGAUGCGACCAAUACGGUUUUCUUUGGCACCAAUAUACCUUUUGCGGGAAACAAGCCUGAGCAUAUUGAGUAUCUUACCACCCAUGGCUUCCAGGUGAUCGAUGCAUCUUCCGUAGCGGGGGACCCGGAACAGCAGGCACGUAAGGCUCUUGCGUAUCUUGAAGACCGGGUCGAUGUUAUUCUGGUGCAUCUCGACGUGGACGCUAUUGACCCGCGGAUGUUCCCACUGGCUAAUAUUCCUAAUUUCACUGGUGUAACAUUUGACCAGAUGAUGCGAGCUCUAGGCGUGAUGCUUGCCAGUGACAAGGCUGGUGGUUUGACGAUUGCAGAAGUAAACCCGGAUCACGACCCGGGCCUGGGAAUGAUCGGGAUGUUGACGGACGAAAUUGUGGCUAUGCUGGGGAAAAGAGCUGGAGUUUGA